UCCUAUAAAUAAAUCUGACACCGUUUCUCUUCUCUCGUAUCAUUCUUACUUCAUCUUCUUGUCAUUUUCUUUCUAAUUUCUAAUUCGUUCUUAAUUAUUAUUAUAUAAACAUCAUUUCACCUUUUCAACGACAUAUACAUUAUUCAUUUGAGAGAAGGGAAUUGAAAAAGGAACAAUGUUUGAAAUUAUGGGAAGUGUUAUUCCGGUGAGGAUUGAGAAGGUAACGGCGGCGUUUAAGAGUGAUGAGGCGGCGCGUGGGAGGCUAUGUGAAAGCAGUGGAAGCGAACACUGGCCUGAAAGUUUCACUGAUGAUUUAUCAGAUCUUGUGAAAUCGUUCAUGGAGAAGAAUUCUGUGAAAUCGUUCAUGGAGAAGAAUUCUGUGGGAGCAGUACAAGGAAAAGAAGAUGCGUUUGAUUUUGAUAAUAAUGAUGAUCGUGAUUUUGAGUGGUAUGAUUAUGAGGAGAAAAAGGAUAUAUUGAAAGAGAUUUUUGGUGGUGAUUAUGAUUUUGUGAAGGAAAAAAUUAGAAGAGAGGUUGAACUUGCCAUUCAAGUUGUUGGCGGUGAUAAGUCUUCGUCUGGAUUCAAACGCAUAAUCAUGUCACGCUUGCGGGAGAGUGGUUUUGAUGCUGGGCUUUGCAAAUCUAAGUGGGAAAGAAAUAGAAAAUUUCCAUCGGGUGACUAUGAGUACAUUGAUGUGAAUUAUGGUGGAAAUCGUUACAUUGUUGAAACAUCCCUUAUGGCUGAAUUUGAAAUAGCUCGACCCACAAAUCAAUAUACUUCAUUACUUGAUGUUUUCCCUUUAGUAUUUGUUGGUAAAGUGGAAGAGCUGAAAAGGGUUGUGAGGAUAAUGUGCAGUGCUAUUAAGGAUUCUAUGAAAACAAUGGAUAUGCAUGUACCUCCAUGGAGAAGAAAUAGCUACAUGCAAGCUAAGUGGUUCAAUACUUACAAGAGAACAACUAAUGAGGUUGCAACUAACAAGUCCAUUACAUUUGAAGCAAGACCCUUGAAAGCAUACAAUUGCAAGGAUGUUUAUUAUGGGAGUAAAAUUGCUGUUAGAGUUGGCCAUUUGGCUGCUAAAUUUAAUGUUGAAUAACCAUAUGCACAUACACAGUUUUUCCUUCUUUAGGUGACUGUGUAAAACCCCUUAGCACAGGGCACAGAGGUGCUUUAGCACAGUUUUCCUAGAGCUGUGUUAAGGGGUAAUUUUUGCCUUUUGAUUUUGGACUAUUGGAAGCAUUUUAAUUUAUCUAUUUAUUCAAGAUAAUUAUUUGUGAAAA